AUGGGUAACCACCUGAGUGUUCCACAAAGGGCUGGCGACCAAGAGAACGAGUCAGAAACAGACACUUACAAGGAGGCGUCUAGGUGCGGCUGCGCCCACCAUGGGAUGCCGGUGAUGGUGUCGACCUACACUGUUCAGCACUACGACGAAGUCGAUUUGGGGAUAAGUGUCAAGGAAGACAAUGUGGCCACUUCUUCCCCCAAGACAGCGGAGAGCAGAGCUGUCGCGGGUGCCAAUGGAAAGAAUCUUGGGAAAGACGCCAAAGCUGAGGCCCCAGCUGUUAAAUCGCGUUUUUUCUUGACACUCUCUCGGCCUGUACCAGGACGUACCGAAGACCAAGCUGCAGAUCCAUCCACUGCUCCAGGGAAGCUUGACGUCAGCUCCAGCGAGGCCAUGGGGAACAAAGAACCGAGUGACAGAAUGGCCCUUCCGCUGGCAGCUGCACAGGGCCCCGACCCAGAUAAAACCCCCGGCCAGACCCCCGCCCAACACGCAGGCUUCUCUGCCGCUUGGGGACCAGCGCCUCUGCCACCUGAGUCGGGGGGAGCAGCCCCCGCCAAGCCUAAGGACUCCAGCUUUUUUGACAAAUUCUUCAAACUGGACAAGGGACAGGAAAAAGUGCCCGCUGACAACCAACAGGAAGCCAAGCGUGGGGAGCACCAGGACCCAGCCGACCACAUUCCUGGAUACCCUGGCCAGUCCCACCAUGUCCCUGCAGAGAGGGACAUAGUUGAAGGCAAAGAAAAGGGACAGGAAGUCACUCCCGUGAGUUGCUCUAUCCCUAGGGAUCCCGAAGAACUGGAGAUUGCCAAGGGGGACCCCCAGACAACAGAUAUAACUGAGAAUAAUAAUUCCAUCAUGAGCUUCUUUAAAACCCUGGUUUCACCAAACAAAGCUGAAACAAAAAAAGAUCUGGAAGACACGGCAUGCAAAGCAGAGAGUGGCUGUGAUGGACAAGCUGGGCAGAAGGCAUCUGAGAUCCAGGCAAAAGGCACCAAGAAAAAGCACCUGCAUAGCCCCAGGCUAGGACUCACCUUUAGAAAGUUCUUUAGGCAUAAGGGUGCUGAAAAGUCACCUACCACAUCAGCAGACCUCAAGUCAGACAAAGCCAACUUUGUACCCCAGGAGACCCACGGGGCAGCCAAGAAUCCUACAUCCUCAGAAACACCAAAGGAAGGUGCCAAGCCAAAGGGGGGACCCUCCUCUCUGCCUCUGAGCAAGCUGUUCUGGAAAAAGUCAAUUAAAGAGGAUUCAGUCCCCACAGGUGCAGAGGAGAAUGUGGUGUGUGAAUCACCAGUAGAGGCUAUAAAGUCCGAGGAAGUAGACUCAGCCUUACAAACGGUGGAUCUCAAUGAAGACGGAGAGCCCAGCCCUGAACCCGUGGAAGUAAAGCUCAAAAGAGAAGAACGCAAACCACCGAGAGCCUCCCUGAUGGCGUUUCUCAGACAAAUGUCAGUGAAAGGGGAUGGCGGGACCACCCACUCAGAAGAAAUAAAUGGGAAAGACUCCAGCUACCAAACCCCCGACGCCUCGGAGAGGGCCGUCGCACCGCCGGAGCCGGAGCCAGCCGGCGCGGGCCAGAAGGCCAGGGAGGGCCCCUCCAAGGACAAGAAGCUGGCGGCCGAGACCCCCAAGCAGAGGAGCAACAAGCAGGAUGCCAAAGAGCCGGCCCCGUGCGCGUGCGCGUGCGCGGAGGCCGCCGGGGCGGAGGCCAGUGCGCUGCCGAACGGGGACCGGCCCCGAAAGAGACCCGAGAAGCGGCGGCAGUCCCUCGGGGGCUUCUUCAAGGGCCUGGGACCAAAGCGGAUGUUGGAUGCUCAAGUGCAAACAGACCCCGUAUCCAUUGGACCAGUUGGCAAAUCCAAGUAAACAAAUCGCCACAGUUCCCACCAAGUCCUCCUGCCACCAAGAUGCCUCCCCCCUGCCCAUGUCCUCCCCACACCCCACUCCAUGUAUAUAUUUUUUCUCUCCUAAUGGCCAUCAAAUGAAAUUCUGCCUACAAACUGAGCCUGAGCUGUUGUAUAUUGAGGUGUGUUAUUUACGUCUCUGGUCCAAUCUUUCCUGGUGGAAAAUUGCAAGGAUGGUGCAGGAGGUUAACAGGUCAGGUCUGCAGAGUCGAUGGUUGGGGUUGGGCUGGAGGAAUGCAUUCUGGGUAAGUUAAUGAAAAAUGGCAGAAACAAGAAAGUGGCAGGAAAGAAAUGGCCGCUGGGAGGGAUGAAGCUUUGUAUUGAACACAUAGGCUCCUCCGCUAAGUUUGAAGAGGAGAGACUAUAAAAUCCGUUUAAGUUCCCAUUCAAGGAGGGAGGACAUGGACUCUGUACUGGGAGGUUGCCAAUUACCUGCAAUGGAAUGUAUGCGGAAUGAGAAAAGGACUGAGUAAGAGCUGUUUUUUAAAUAGGGUCCUUGAAAGUUAUUGAUGAGAGGGGCAAGACUGACUGGAGAGGGCUUGAACCGAUUUGGGAAAACAAUUGCUUUUUUGAGGCUCAGUGACAAGGACGAGGAUUACAGAGCAAAACAAAACAAAACAAAUUCAAUACAUGAAGUUGCAAGUUUAUUUUGCAACACAAGGGGGCGCCUAGGGCUCCAUUUUAAUCCUGAAUCCAGCGUCCCUAACAAAGAUGUGGUCUCCUGCAAUCUUACAUUAUUAAUGUUUCUCAGAUGGCUGAGGGGCUUGCUUCAUCUGUUCUGUCUGACACUUAUCUCAAGUCUGUCUGUAAUUUCCUAAUGUUCUCAGGAUGUGCGCUGAUAAAACCCUCCCCAUAACCCCAGUUAAUAAAAAUUUACAGAAGAUUAUUCAAAUACCUGAGUUUUUUUUAAUACUUGUA